AGCUGAACCAAUUAGCUUACGCCAGAAAAAAAACAGAAGAAAACAUAUUACUCCUCUUUACAUCUCGAGUAAUAUUUUUUAUACUGUCUGGACAACUCUGAAGACGGUUGUAGGAAUUUUUUUUAAUUAUCAGACGCUAAAUGUCAGGAAACGGGUUAGUACCGAGCAUCGGGAGGCGGCUAACGAUGAGCACGCUGAGUCCUUUCGAGCAGCUCAGUCGGCGGAUGUAUGACAUCUUGGGCGAUGGAGGAAUCCUGAAGGAGGUGGUCCAGCCUGGAGAGGGCCCACCUGUGCCUCAAAACGCCUCAGUAAUAAUGUAUUACUCGGGUUACUUGGAGUAUUCUAAUCAACCUUUUGAAAGCACCUCACACCUCCAGUACCCUCCAAUGAUGAAGCUGGGAAGGGAUGUGACUCUAGCCGGACUGGAGCUGGGGCUGUUGACCAUGAAGAAAGGGGAGUUCUCUCGGUUCCUGCUCCAACCGCAGUACGCGUACGGAGAAAUGGGCUGUCCGCCCUUCAUCCCGGCUGCUGCUGCAAUUCUGUAUGAGGUUCACGUCCUGGACUACCUCGACUCGGGUCAAGUGGAUGAGUUUAUUGCAAUGAGCUCGGAGGAGCAGAGCAGCGUUCCUCUAUCCACACUUGUUGAAGUCAUCAACACACUUCGCAGCUUUGGCAACCGCUUCUUCAAUCAAAGCCGAUACGACCACGCCAAGGAUCGCUACAAACAGGCGAUAAUUCUCCUGAGAAAUUGGGACUCGCAAAAUGAGCCGGACAAGGAAAAGAUCCAGGUGGCUCUGCUUCCGCUCUACAUGAACCUUUCGCUCGCCGAGCUCCGACUGGAGAAUCCCCAAAAAGCCCUAAAGUAUGGCAAAAAGGCCUUGGAGAUCGACUCAGCCAACACAAAGGCCCUGUUCCGCUGUGGACAGGCUUACCACGAGCUGCAGGAGUUUGAGAGCGCUCAGGAUUGCCUCAUAGCAGCUCAGUCGAAGAAGCCGUUCGACAGUGACAUCAACAACCUCCUGAAGAAAGUAGCACUGGCUUAUAAAGAUGGUUUGGAUAAAGAAAAAGAUAUGUACUCCAAGAUGUUUAGGGAGCUGAGGAGCUCAGAGCAAUGAUUGUGGUGUGAAGAUUUAACAGCUUGCUUGUUGUUCAUGUCCCCCUCUUCCAGCUGUAUAAGUAGUUUUUGCUCACGUUGUUCAUUCAUUUCUUAAUGAGUAGGAUUGUUGCUUUUUGGUUGCUGUUCUUUGUAAUAUAUGCUCAUGUUUUCUUUCUUGCCAAAGUCAGACGUUUGCAUUACCUUGA